GUGGUGGGGUCGUGCCUGAAAAACCCCAUGCUGGCUUACUCCCUGGACAUCCCCAAGAAUCUCAUGAGUGUCAUAGCCAACUGGGUGGUGUGAACAGAGCCAGCACCCACACAGCACUCCAGCACCCCCCUUGCCUCUUUAGUCACUGCUGGAUAAACACGGUAAGUCAGUCAUGAGGAUCGGGGACAAGUUGGAGAAUCUCAACCCUCAGGUGUUUGCUGAGGCUGAUCAGCGCAAGGAGAACCCCUCGGACUGGGAUGAUGCGGUGAGGGACCCCUUUGAUGGCAGGGAAGUGUUCGACCUGAUACGCAGCAUUCGAGACCCAGAGCACCCCCUCACUCUGGAGCAACUGAAUGUGGUGAGUGAGGAGCAGUGUGAGGUGGAUGAUGCAGGGAAUCAUGUCAAAGUCCUCUUCACUCCCACAAUCCCCCACUGCAGUAUGGCUUCCCUCAUUGGUCUCAGCGUGCGACUCAAGCUGCUCCACACACUUCCCUGCAGGUUCAAGGUGGAUGUGGUCAUCACCCCCGGGAGUCACGCUUCGGAGGCCGCCAUCAACAAACAGCUGGCAGACAAGGAGCGAGUGGCAGCUGCCUUUGAGAACCCAGAUUUGCUAUCUGUGGUGAACAAGUGCAUUGCUCCACGCCCCUUGGCUGCCUCUGUGGGCUAGCUCCAAACUCCAGGGUCAGGAUAGAGCUGGGGUUACUCAUGUGGAUAAGAGGGGCUAGAGUUACACAUGUGAAUAAAAGUUUAUAAUAGGGAAUGUUACAAUGUGUGUAAUGAGUAACAAGUGGGGUUGGAUGAAGGAAAUAAGGAAAUAUUGUUGGCAAUGUGGGUAUGAUAAUGAUUUUGUCAGUUCUUUACACUUACUGUUGGUUACUGCCCUUGAGAUGCAUUCCUUCCCUUGUGAACUAACCACAUCCUUGGUUUAAUCUGAAAUGUCAGUAUUUUACACAUUUCGUGCUGGUGCCUUGUAAUAUGUGCUGUGGAUUCAUGAGUCAGAAAUUUCUCAUUCUUCAUGUAUACACAGGUGGUCUUUAGUAAAUGCAGGAUAAAUACAUGCCUUGGAAGUAACUUAUACACCUGAGAGGUCUUGCCUGCCAUGCUCAUACAAUAUAUUAAGCACAAUUAAGGUUGUGUAGCAUUGGUCUGAUAAAAUUUGUAUGGGCAAUUUUUCCUUUGGCAAGUUUUGCAGCACUGUCUGGUCUUCAAUAUCACAGUAUUUGUGCCUUUCAUUGGUCCCCAUCUUUGUAGACAGACCUGGCAGUGUGAUAGUGACUACUCAGGAGGAAGUAACUGUUGAUGACCAGGUGUAAGAGAGAGAAUCAGGGUGGCCCACUUGUUUGUAUGGUUCUUCAUGACACAAAGGUAUUAUUUUUUACAAGAACUUCCCAUUACUUAGUGAUCUUACAUGAACUUCCUGAAGUGGCUGGUUUUUUGUAAAUGCUGCUUUUUAUUGCUUUAUUGAAUUAAGUUAAACAUUAAUGUGACUGGUCAAUACACUGCAAAUUGUUUCAGUUUUAGGUAACACUGGAUUCUCCCAUUAUAAUUACCACAGAAUUAGUUCCCUCAUAAAGACUGUUACAAAACUUCCCUUUCAGUAAAAUAUUAAAAGCAUGCAUUCAAAACACAUCAUUUUGAAGUUCAUGUGAGACUCCUUGUUGCUGAUUAUUUUCUUGUACCUAUGUUGCUCUCAGUGGUGUGGAAUCUGGUGCAGCAUUUCCACUCGGGACACACAAACAUGGCAACACUAUCACUGGUUGGCCCGUGCAGACUGAUUUGUAGUAUUCCAGCUGAAACUUUUACUGCUUUGUAGGACAUUGGAUAGUUUGUCUGUAUAAUCUGGUACCUUGCAAAUAAGUAAAGGUUUUGGUAUAAUACAUUAUUUGUUGCAUGUAAUUACUUUGAGGGCAAGUGCUUUGCCCACUAACUUACGUAAUUUGCAUGCCCUCAGGUGGCAAAAUUAUUGCAACUGAGUCCUUGACAUCAAGUAUAAAAGUAGUGGUACACAAUGAAUAAAUCUGCCUGUACUAAUAUCAAGUAAAAAAGUGAAAAGUGAGCUACUCCAGUGUGCAUCCAGGGUCAGUAUUUCCACUAGUGAAAGCCAAUUGUUUAUUUCAUAUUGCUUAACGUAAGCUUCCCAAGUGCCUCAGCCAGCAUGAGUGGUGUGGUGCAGGUUGUUUCUCAUUUUGCCAGCACAGGAAUGCAAGUUUUAUGAUUUUGACUAUAAUAUUUCUUUAUACCAAUUUCUUCAGUGAAGGAAUAUAACAAAUUUGUAUUUAGUGCAAUAGUAUUCAAAUAGUGAUUCCCAUGCACAACGCUGUUCCAAAACAAAUACUUGUAGCAUUACCUUAUUUUACUCAUUCACAGCAAGAGGAAACAUUCCCACAGCACAUUUUUGUGUCACAUGUUACUAAGCCUUUGUGUUACCCAAGGCUGGCUAUGACCUCCCUCUCAGCUGUGUGGUCACCACACAGGAUGAACAUAGAAGAUACUGUUUCUUGGUAACAUUAUUCUUGUGUUGCUUGCAUUUCAUGUGCUAGAAGGAUUUUGAGACAUAGAAAGACAAUAAGGAGCAGAGUUAGGUGUGAGUGAGCUGCUGCCUCACAGUGAGGCAGCAGGCCAACAUCACUGCUGCCUUCACUCAUCACACUCAACUGAAAGUUUGUGUUUGGUGGCACAUUUUAUGAAUUAUGAUGAAUUACUUAGUUUAACUUUUUUUCAAUAUGAUAAACAUGAGUAUAUUGCUGCAAUCAAAAUACAUACCUAUAAGUCUUGUGUUUAUACAUAAUGUACAUAUUGUAACCACCUCGUCUGUGCAUCACCUGUUUGUAUUUGCUCUGAAUGAGUAUGUGCCAGCAAGUAUUAGUGCCAUCAAGACCCAGACAGGAGUGGUGGUGGCCUUUACUGUAAGUCAAGACAAGGCAGUAAUGCACAGGGAGGCUCAUUACUGAUGUGACCCUGAGGCUCACUGGCCACAUGGAGUCCACAUUACUUGAUUUCAUAUGUAAUAUACAACAUUACUCAA